AUGGCUAAAUCAAAGGGCAAGAACAAGGUCAAGAAUGACCAAAAGACCGAGUCGACAGCAGCCGCGACAUCUCCUCUCACUUUGUCUGAACUUCGACAAAACGGUGGUCUCUGGUACAAGGUCCUCGUCCUCAUCUACGAUUUCCAACAUCAGAAGGAUGCGGUCAGCAAACGCCGCACUGACGCGACCGUCGACUCCACAUACAUAAGUGCGCCAUAUUUCACACCUGAAGAAGCAGAAGUCGUCAAGACGACUCUCGUGGACGACUCCGUCACCAUCGUAGAAGCGAUCCACACGGCUCUUGGGAGCUUCACCGACAAACGCGAAGCCAGCGGCGACUAUCGCCCGUGUGGCCCUCACGAUAUGGUCCCGGCUUUCCUGUCCUGCUUUGGUAUCGACAAGGCAGAGAUUGCAGACGAGAGGUUUGUCUCACGAGUCGCACGAUAA